GUGUGCGCGCAGGCGGAGGAUCGCCGAGUCGAACCGUACCGUGCAGCAGGCACAAGCCGCUGGGCGCGCAGGAGAAGCCGCAAAAAAUUACAGCAGCCGCUACUUGAAACUGCGAGGAGAGCAGAGGGAGCGUCGGAACUUCAGUGUGCACGAGGCCAGAGAUCUAAAAUGGGAGGCAAGCUCAGCAAAAAGAAGAAGGGAUACAACGUAAACGAUGACAAGGCCAAAGACAAGGAUGCCAAAGCAGAGGGGGCCUCUGCUGAGGAGAGCGAAGCACCGAAAGACAACAAAGAUGAGGCCCCGGCUGCCACCGAUGCUAAGGAGGUAGCGAACGACACGGCGGCCAAGGAGGCGCCGGCAGCAGAUGCUGCAGCGCCCAAAGAGGAGGAAAAGAACGCAGCUCCCGCUGCAAAGGAGCCCGAGAAACCUGCCGCCAACGCUGAGCCGAAAACAGAGGCGUCCAAGAGCGCAGAGCCCGCCAAGGCUGAGGAGAAACCAGCUGCCCCCGCCCCGGCCAAAGAAUCGGCCCCUGCCGCCAAGGAGCCCGAGGCUAAGGCCGCGGCGCCCGCCCCAGCUGCUGAGAGUAAAGAUGAGGCCGAUGCCAAAAAGACUGAGGCCCCCGCGGCACCAGCAGCCAAAGCCGAGGCAGCCCCUGCUACCUCCCCUGACCCCAAGCCCACAGAGGCGGCAGUGGCAGCUCCCGCACCGGCAAAGGAGGCCGCUGCAGCCCCUAUUUCAACACCAGCCGCCGAGCCACCCACCAAGGAGGCGAACGCCACAGAGGCACCAAGCAAGGAUCAAACCGUAGCAGUUCAAGAUUAAUGGACAGCUUCUUUUCGGAAAUGAAAAAAUAAAGUACCUAACUCAACGACGAUGAAGAUUAAAAAAAAAGAAAAUGAAAUUAACUAGCCCACCCAUAUUAUGAUAAUAAUAAUAAUAAUAAUUGUAAUGAUGAUGAUUUGUUGAAUGAGGAGGACUGGAGCAACCACCUGGAGAAGUUUCCCACCGCUGCAGAUGAUUAUUGCUAUUAUUAUUGUUAUGUUUUAUUUUAUUUUUUUCUGCUGUAGUAUUUGAACUUUGAUACGAGUCUGUGUUGGCCACAUGCCAUUCCACAUCCAUCAUCCCUCUCCCUCAUACAGUCAAGAGGUUUAAUCUGACUCCCAUCUCAGCCCACAGAAGGCCUGUGCUCAUACAUUCACCUGCACCCUCGCUCUGUGGAUGUCAGAAUAUCAAAAUUUGGGGAAAUGGGACUGAGGGAAGGGGGGGGGUGUAAGAAAUCACGUAACCAGCUGGACUUCCAUCGAAUCUGUCCACUCUUCAGCUCUCCCCCUUCCACUCAUCCUCCUCUUCAAAGUAUUGUGUUCUCGGCUUUGGCCUGGUACCUCCAGUUUUUCGGUGCCGUGGAAUUGUGGUUGUAUCCUUUUUUACCCCCCCGCUUUUUAGUAUUGUUGGGUUGUGUUGCUACCCAUUUUCCUCUCUCGGUUACACGCCACUUUCUCCGAAUGGAAAAAACUGAGAAGAACUCUUAAGGGAGUUUAAAUUUAUUGUGAGGACUGAGAAUGUUCAGGCUUUUAAGACAUUUCGGAGGUUGAAUAAGGCUGGCUUUGCAGAGCAAAACACAUUCUUAGACGUAUAAAACAGUCGUAGGAAUUUUUCAGAUAAACUUCUAGAUUUUGUACUGAAACCCUUAGGCAUAUUGUAAGUGAACUAAGUGGGUUUUUAACAUUUGUAAUACGCUUAUACAAUCUGCAAAGCCUCGCUGAAAAGAUCUCUGCAGUGUUCUUAGAAAGUAUGAUGGAAAUCUCUGAUCCUCCAUCCAAAUCUUAUGACAAAUUUUAACAGAUUUGUAUUUUAAAAGACAUAUCUACUGCUGACCUGGGUGAAAUAGGCUUUACGAUCACGUCCUAGAGGUAGUUUGAUCUUGUUUAGAAUACCAAGUUAGAGACAUUUACUGUAUCAUCAGGAGAGUUCAGAUAGCAUCCGUUCAGUUGUGUCUCUCAAAAGAAAAUAGACUAAACUGGCUCUUAAGCUCCUUUCUGGGAUUGUCUACAGUUUCUAGUGUUGCAGGAAGAACUCAAACCCUUCACUUACUUAAGUAUAAGUGGCAUACCACAAAGUAGACAUACUUAAAUAUACUGUAAGUAAAAGUCUCACAUUCUACUUAAAUUAAGGAUUAGCAGCAAAAAAUAUACUUACGAAGCAAAAAUAUAUUGUAAAAGUAUAUGUGAUAGGAGGAAUGGCCUGCAAUAAUAGAAUAAUGCAGAAAAAUGUGACAACCAAUAGAUUAAUUUAAAAUUGGCAUAUUAUGCAAUGAAAGUUUCAUAUGAUUAUAGCAGGAACAUCAGUAAAGCAGUCUGUCCUGUGGAGCAAAUGUCACCAGUUUGGUAUGUAAGCAGGUGAAAACACCCCAGAUGAGGUCAUUUACAGGUGCUGUUUGGCCCAGGUCUGUUUUCCUGCAUUUUGUUCCGUGUAGCUCUGUGACUCUCAGUCAUUUGGAGUCUGAUCCUAUCAAGGACAAGAGGAGGAUUUUAGUGAAUGAUCAGAGCCAUCGCCAACCUACUCGAUCUACUAUGGUCCAUGUUUCUAUGGCAACCGUACGCCAUGCUAUCAUUAUGGGAUGGAAAAGCCUUGCACAUGAAAAGGGAGCUUCUGAUAUCGUCAUUUUCACCCCUCAUGCAUUUUCCUUUACUUUUCAGGAAUAUAUAUUACAUAUAUGUACACAUUUGCAGCAGUGGAAGACAAAGUACUUACAUCUUUUACUCAAGUAAAUUUUACUGAGGAAAAAGUAUCCAACUUAAAAGUAUUGAUGGUGAAGAAGAAAGUUCGUAUCUUGUUAGGAUUAGCCGAAAGGAAGGAAGAAAGAAGAAAUUAAAAAGUACUUAAGCAUCCAAAGUUUAAGUACUAAUAGUUAAGAAGAAACUUUGUUUUUGUUUUGGUGAUUUUCAUGCUUUUAUAUGAGCUGAAAAAAGAAAUGAAGGAAAGAAGUAAUGACAGAUUGAAAGAAAGAAUGGAGAUAUAGAAACAAGGAAAGAGUGAAUGAAGAAAAAAUGAAGGAAGGAAGAAGUAAAGGAAAGGAAUAAAGAAAGAUUAAAGGACAAGAAAUAAAGAUAUUUCACAGUCUUAUCUCAUGAUGAAAUCUGAAUUUGCAUAGUAAGUUGUUGAAUAAAUAUACUGGAGUAAAUAUUCCAAAAUUGCCCUUUUAUAUGUUAUGAAUUGAACUAAAUAGAAACAGUCAUAUAAGGAACCACCAUCCCAAAAUUGUACAUAACUAUAGUGCUUGAGUAAAUGUACUUUUGCAAUUUCCACCUUUGCAUAUAUGUAGGUAUAUAUGUAUAUAUAUACUCAUCUCAUCAUCCAUUUGCCAACUUUUCAGUUUCAUCCAACUGGCACACGUUUUCCUCCCAGCACUUGUCAAACCGUAGCAGAAACAAACACUUGAGGAGCGUUGUGUCACUUGGUUCAGUUUUUCUUCCUCUCUUGACUCAGUAAAUUGCAUGUCCGUGGUUGGGUGAACCUGUAGUCCUGUCUUUUUGGUCAAGUGGAAAAAAAUAAUUUCUCAGUCUGCAUCCAUGGCAACUACAGUUGAUAUUUUCAUUCCAUGUCUCACCACUGCUAUUUCCACACCACACGUUCAUUCAAAACAAACAAAAAGAUGAUAUGGAAAUUGAUGCAUUCAAAAUUAUAUGUACUUGUAUAAAUGGUGCAACAGUAAUAAAAUGUAAGAAAUUGACUGAAACUCGA